CUGUGGCCUCGACAAAGGCGUGCACUCGUCCGAGGGAGCAGACAACAGAGGGUAUACCCCCUCUCCCUCCGCCCAGCGUGCAGAGCCUCAUUCACAAUUCACAGGUUUCUGCGGCCGGCGCCUUUCCUGUUCCGGAGGUUCCCGGAGACCCCCGAGCCCUCCCCCUUCCUCCGCUGACUUCCCCUUCGGCUCCACUCGGGAGAGCCGCCGGCCGGCGCUGCCGAGAUGUGGUAUCCAAGAUGGAGGACUGCUGCUGCUGCUCCUAGCACCGAGGAGUGACUCUGCCUGUGCGUGUGGCAUUGCAGACGCCGGACGGCCUCGGACAGGGGGCACAGAAUUGCCUCGCGUGCUUGACACCGUAGCAAACGCUGUCUUUUUUUUUUUGUUUGAUUGCGGGGGAGGAUUUCAAGCUGCCGCCUGGUUUUCCACCAUGAGUGCGGGAGAAGGAGCAGAGGAGACCGCAAAGGACGCGGCCGACAUAGCGGCGUUUUACAAAUCCGAUCUCUCGCUUCCAAAAUGUGAGCCCAAGCUUGAUGUACCCAGCCAAAUAGCAGGGUUUCGCAAAAAUGAUGAGAUGAAGGCAAUGGAAGUAUUACCAAUCUUAAAGGAAAAAGUUGCUUUCUUAUCAGGUGGCAGAGAUAAGCGAGGGGGGCCUGUCCUGACGUUUCCUGCGCGCAGCAACCAUGACAGAAUACGGCAGGAGGAUCUCCGCAGGCUCAUUUCGUACCUGGCUGGUAUACCCAGCGAGGAGGUAUGCAAACAAGGAUUCACAGUCAUAGUGGACAUGCGUGGGUCAAAGUGGGACUCAAUUAAGCCUCUUCUAAAGAUCCUCCAGGAAUCCUUCCCCUGCUGUAUUCAUGUUGCACUGAUUAUUAAGCCAGACAACUUUUGGCAGAAGCAGAGAACUAAUUUUGGCAGCUCAAAGUUUGAGUUUGAGACAAGCAUGGUGUCAUUAGAAGGCCUUACCAAAGUAGUCGACCCAUCCCAGCUGACCCCAGACUUCGAAGGCAGCUUGGACUAUAACCACGAGGAGUGGAUUGAGAUCCGUGUGGCGUUCGAGGACUUCAUCAGCAAUGCCACACACAUGCUUUCCCGGUUGGAGGAGCUGCAGGAGAUUCUGGCCAAAAAGGACUUUCCUCAGGACUUGGAAGGGGCGCGGCGCAUGAUUGAGGAGCACUCGCAGCUGAAGAAGAAGGUGGUUAAGGCCCCAAUCGAGGACCUGGACACUGAGGGACACAAACUCCUGCAGAGGAUCCAGGGCAGCGAUGGCUUUCCCAAUAAGAAUGCAGUCACGGCCAACGCAGACAUGCAGAGCCUUGUUCCCAAGGUGUCCACCAUGCUGGACAAACUGCACUCCACUCGCCAGCAUCUGCAACAGAUGUGGCACGUCAGGAAACUGAAGCUCGACCAGUGCUUCCAGCUUCGACUCUUCGAGCAAGAUGCGGAGAAGAUGUUUGACUGGAUCAUGCACAACAAAGGCCUGUUUCUGACGAGUUACACAGAGAUUGGAACAAGCCACCCUCACGCAAUGGAGCUUCAGACUCAGCACAGUCACUUUGCAAUGAAUUGCAUGAAUGUCUAUGUCAAUAUUAACCGGAUCGUGUCGGUGGGCAGCCGCCUGCUGGAGUCGGGUCAUUACGCCUCCCAGCAGAUCAAGCAGAUCUCCAGCCAGCUGGAGCAGGAGUGGAAGGCGUUUGCAGCAGCUCUGGAUGAGCGCAGCACUUUGCUUGACAUGUCUGCAGUCUUUCACCAAAAAACUGAGCAGUACAUGAACAAUGUGGAUUCCUGGUGUAAAGCCUGUGGGGAGCUGGACCUGCCAUCUGAACUACAGGACCUUGAAGACGCCAUCCACCACCAUCAGGGCCUGUAUGAUCACAUCACAGCGGCUUACUCCGAGGUCAGCCAAGACGGGAAAGCGCUGCUGGAUAAACUACAGCGACCUCUGACCCCUGGGAGUGCAGACUCAUUAACGGCCUCGGCUAAUUACUCUAAGGCAGUGCACCACGUGCUGGACAUCAUCCACGAGGUUCUGCACCACCAGAGGCAGCUGGAGAACAUCUGGCAGCACCGCAAAGUCCGCCUCCACCAGCGUCUGCAGCUGUGUGUCUUUCAGCAGGACGUCCAGCAGGUUCUGGACUGGAUUGAAAAUCAUGGAGAGGCUUUCUUGAGCAAGCACACUGGGGUGGGCAAGUCCCUGCACAGGGCUAGGGCUCUGCAGAAGCGGCACGAAGACUUUGAGGAAGUGGCCCAGAACACCUACACCAAUGCCGACAAACUGCUGGAGGCAGCAGAGCAGCUGGCGCAGACAGGGGAGUGUGACCCGGAGGAGAUCUACCAGGCUGCCCACCAGCUGGAGGACCGCAUCCAGGACUUUGUGAGAAGGGUGGAGCAGCGCAAGGUGCUGCUGGACAUGUCUGUCUCCUUCCACACUCACGUCAAAGAGCUGUGGACCUGGCUGGAGGAGCUUCAGAAGGAGCUGCUGGAUGAUGUGUACGCCGAGUCAGUGGAGGCUGUGCAGGACCUGAUCAAGCGCUUCGGGCAGCAGAAACAGACGACACUGCAGGUCACUGUCAACGUCAUCAAGGAAGGGGAAGACCUCAUUCAGCAGCUGAGGGACUCGGCAAUUUCAAGUAACAAGACUCCCCACAACAGCUCGAUCAACCACAUCGAGAGCGUCCUGCAGCAGCUGGAUGAGGCCCAGGCCCAGAUGGAGGAGCUCUUCCAGGAGCGCAAGAUCAAGCUCGAGCUCUUCCUGCAGCUCCGUGUCUUCGAGAGAGAUGCCAUUGAUAUAAUCUCUGACCUGGAGUCGUGGAACGAUGAGCUGUCCCAGCAGAUGAAUGACUUUGACACGGAGGACCUGACUCUGGCUGAGCAGAGGCUGCAGCAUCAUGCUGACAAGGCCCUGACCAUGAACAAUCUGACCUUCGACGUCAUCCACCAGGGUCAAGAGCUCCUGCAGUACGUCAAUGAGGUUCAGACUUCAGGUGUGGAGCUCCUGUGUGACCGCGAUGUGGACAUGGCCACACGGGUACAGGACCUGCUGGAGUUCCUGCACGAGAAGCAGCAGGAGCUGGACUUGGCCGCGGAGCAGCACCGGCGCCACCUGGAGCAGUGCGUCCAGCUGCGCCACCUGCAGGCAGAGGUCAAACAGGUGCUGGGAUGGAUCAGGAAUGGGGAGUCUAUGCUGAAUGCGGGGCUCAUCACAGCCAGCUCUUUGCAAGAGGCGGAACAGCUGCAGAGAGAGCACGAGCAGUUCCAGCACGCUAUUGAGAAAACGCAUCAGAGCGCGCUGCAGGUGCAGCAGAAGGCAGAGGCCAUGCUGCAGGCCAACCACUAUGACAUGGACAUGAUCAGAGACUGCGCAGAGAAGGUCGCCUCCCACUGGCAGCAGCUCAUGCUGAAGAUGGAGGACCGGCUGAAGCUGGUCAACGCCUCCGUCGCCUUCUACAAGACCUCAGAGCAGGUGUGUAGUGUGCUGGAAAGUCUCGAACAGGAGUACAAGCGAGAAGAAGACUGGUGUGGAGGCGCAGACAAGCUGGGUCCAAACUGCGAGUCUGACCAUGUCACCCCCAUGAUCAGCAAACACCUGGAGCAGAAGGAAGCGUUCCUUAAGGCCUGUACUCUCGCUCGACGGAAUGCCGAUGUGUUCCUGAAGUACCUGCACAGAAACAGCGUGAACAUGCCCGGGACGCUCACACAUGUCAAAGCUCCCGAACAGCAAGUCAAGAACAUCCUGAACGAGCUGCUCCAGAGGGAAAACAGGGUGCUGCACUUCUGGACCAUGCGGAAGAGGCGGCUGGACCAGUGUCAGCAGUACGUGGUGUUUGAGCGCAGUGCCAAGCAGGCUUUGGAAUGGAUCCAUGAUACUGGGGAGUUUUACUUGUCCACCCACACCUCCACGGGGUCCAGCAUACACCACACACAGGAGCUCCUGAAGGAACACGAAGAAUUUCAGAUUACAGCUAAGCAAACCAAAGAACGGGUAAAAUUGUUGAUACAGCUGGCUGAUGGCUUUUGUGACAAGGGGCACGCCCAUGCAGUGGAAAUAAAGAAAUGGGUCACAGCGGUGGAUAAGAGGUACAGAGACUUUUCCCUCCGUAUGGACAAGUAUCGCACCUCCCUGGAAAAGGCACUGGGAAUAUCGUCGGAUUCCAACAAAUCGAGCAAAGACCUGCAGCUGGAUAUCAUCCCUGCCAGUGCCCCGGGGUCAGAGGUCAAGCUGCGCGAUGCUGCCCACGAGCUCAAUGAAGAAAGGCGGAAGUCAGCCCGCAGAAAGGAAUUCAUAAUGGCUGAACUCAUUCAGACGGAGAAGGCCUAUGUCCGAGACCUUCGGGAAUGUAUGGAUACCUACCUCUGGGAGAUGACAAGUGGUGUUGAGGAGAUUCCUCCUGGCAUUGUUAACAAAGAGCACAUCAUCUUUGGAAACAUGCAGGAUCUAUAUGAAUUUCACCACAACAUUUUCUUGAAAGAGCUGGAGAAAUACGAGCAACUGCCAGAAGAUGUUGGGCAUUGCUUUGUGACUUGGGCUGACAAAUUUCAGAUGUAUGUGACAUACUGCAAGAACAAGCCAGACUCAACACAACUCAUAUUAGACAAUGCUGGGCCUUAUUUUGAUGAAAUCCAACAGCGGCACAGACUGGCAAAUUCAAUCUCAUCGUACCUUAUCAAGCCUGUGCAGAGAAUAACGAAGUAUCAGCUCCUUCUAAAGGAACUGUUAACCUGUUGUGAGGAAGGUAAAGGUGAGAUUAAGGAUGGAUUAGAAGUCAUGCUUAGUGUGCCAAAGAGAGCCAAUGAUGCCAUGCAUCUCAGCAUGUUGGAAGGGUUUGAUGAGAACAUAGAAUCUCAGGGUGAGCUCAUUCUCCAGGAGUCAUUCCAAGUGUGGGACCCAAAGACUUUGAUCCGCAAGGGCAGGGAAAGGCAUCUCUUCCUCUUUGAAAUGUCCCUGGUCUUCAGCAAAGAAGUUAAAGAUUCCAACGGAAGGAGUAAAUACAUCUAUAAAAGCAAGCUGUUUACUUCAGAGCUUGGUGUCACAGAGCACGUAGAGGGAGAUCCUUGUAAAUUUGCUCUGUGGUUGGGACGGACACCCACAUCAGACAACAAGAUUGUCCUGAAGCCAAGUCAGGGAUGCAAACAUGGAGCUAUGGCCUCCAGCAUUGAGAAUAAGCAGGAUUGGAUCAAACACAUCAGGGAGGUCAUCCAGGAGAGGACAAUCCACCUGAAAGGGGCUUUGAAGGAGCCCAUCCACAUCCCCAAGGCCACCACCACGAAGCAGAAGGGAAGAAGAGAGGGGGAAGAUCUGGACAGUCAGGGUGAUGGCAGUAGUCAGCCCGAUACAAUCUCCAUUGCAUCCCGCACAUCUCAGAACACCCUGGACAGCGACAAGCUGUCUGGUGGCUGUGAGCUGACGGUGGUGAUCCACGACUUUGUGGCGAGUAACGGCAACGAGCUGACUGUGCGGCGGGGCCAGACUGUGGAGGUCCUGGAGAGGCCCCAUGACAAGCCAGACUGGUGCCUGGUGAGGACCACGGACCGCUCGCCGGCCGCGGAAGGCCUGGUGCCCUGCAGCACGCUCUGCAUUGCUCAUUCACGCAGUAGCAUGGAGAUGGAGGGCAUCUUCAAUCACAAAGAUUCGCUGUCAGUGUCCAGCAAUGACGCCAGCCCCCCUGCCUCUGGCGGCUCUCUGCAGCCCCAUGGGAUUGUCUCCCAGAGCUCCCCGGGCCCCAAGCGGCCCGGCAACACCCUGCGGAAGUGGCUCACCAGCCCCGUGCGCCGGCUCAGCAGUGGCAAGGCCGACGGCCACGUGAAGAAACUCGCCCACAAGCACAAGAAGAGCCGGGAUGUGCGGAAGAGCGCCGACGCCGGCUCCCAGAAGGACUCGGACGACAGCGCUGCGACUCCGCAAGAUGAGACCGUGGAGGAGAGAGUUAGAAAUGAGGGGCUCAGUAGUGGCACGCUGUCCAAGUCUUCGUCCUCAGGGAUGCAGAGCUGUGGAGAAGAGGAGGGAGAGGAGGGGGCGGACUCUGUCCCUCUGCCCCCACCAAUGGCCAUUCAGCAGCACAGCCUCCUGCAGCCUGACUCUCAGGAUGACAAGACGUCCUCCCGGCUCUCGGUUCGACCCACUAGCUCAGAGACCCCAAGUGCUGCAGAGCUGGUCAGCGCCAUAGAGGAGCUUGUGAAGAGCAAGAUGGCCCUGGAGGACCGGCCCAGCUCCCUGUCUGUGGAGCAGGGGGACAGCAGCAGUCCCUCCUUCAACCCUUCAGACAACUCUCUCCUGUCCUCGUCCUCGCCCAUCGACGAGAUGGAGGAGCGCAAGUGCAGCUUCUUCAAGAGGCGGCACUAUGUGUUACAGGAGCUUGUUGAGACUGAAAGGGACUAUGUAAGGGAUCUGGGCUAUGUAGUAGAGGGCUACAUGAACAAAAUGAAGGAAGACGGAGUGCCGGACGAUAUGAAGGGAAAAGAUAAGAUUGUGUUUGGAAACAUCCACCAGAUUUACGACUGGCACAAAGACUUCUUUCUUGGAGAACUAGAGAAGUGCCUUGAGGAUCCUGAUAAACUGGCAUCCCUGUUUGUCAAACAUGAGCGGAGGUUGCACAUGUACAUUGUGUACUGCCAAAACAAACCCAAAUCUGAGCACAUCGUCUCUGAAUACUUAGACACAUAUUUUGAGGACCUAAAGCAGCGCCUUGGUCACCGAUUGCAAAUUACAGAUUUAUUAAUAAAACCAGUGCAAAGAAUAAUGAAAUACCAGCUUCUUUUAAAGGAUUUUCUUAAAUAUUCCAAAAAGGCUGGUGUUGAUACCACAGAAUUGGAGAAAGCUGUGGAGGUCAUGUGCAUUGUACCUAAAAGAUGCAAUGAUAUGAUGAAUGUGGGGAGGCUCCAAGGAUUUGAUGGCAAGAUUGUAGCCCAGGGCCGGCUGCUGCUGCAGGACACUUUCCUGGUGUCUGAUCCGGACACUGGACUGCUGGCACGCAUGAAGGAGAGGCGGGUUUUCCUCUUUGAGCAGAUCAUCAUCUUCAGCGAGCCACUUGAUAGAAAGAAAGGCUUCUCCAUGCCUGGCUAUCUGUUCAAAAACAGCAUAAAGAUGAGCUGUCUGGGUCUUGAGGACAAUGUAGACGGGGAUCCCUGUAAAUUUGCACUCGCCUCCAGAUCAGCCAACAGCACCCCUGAGACCUACAUCCUGCACUCCGCCAACCCCGGAGUCCGGCAAGUGUGGAUCCACGAGAUCAACCAAAUCUUGGAAAACCAGCGCAAUUUCUUGAAUGCCUUGACCUCCCCGAUCGAGUACCAGCGGAACCACGUGGGGGCGGCGGCGCCCAGCAGCACGUCCGGCGGCGCCUGCAGCAGCGCGGGCGCAGCCCCGGCCCCCAGCGGCGGUGCGGCGGGAGGGCGGCCCAGGCCCUCCCGCAUCCCUCAGCCCGUCAGGCUCCACUCGCCUGUGCUGGUCUCCUCCGGGGCCUCGGCGCCUGCGGAAGGGCCGGACAAGAUGUCAGGUACGUCUGCUCGCGCCCCCUCCCUGCUGCCCGCCGGUGCCGGCGGCUCCCCCUCCCCGGCAGGUGCGGGGGACAAGGACGGGGAGAACGAUGCGCUCAAGAUGAAGCUUCUGGAAAGCGCUCGCGGCAGCAAGCACCCUAGCUCGGUCGAGGAUUCACAGACCCACACUCCAAGGGCCACAGUAGGCCCCCUGACGCUUGGUAAACCGCGACCUGGAACGGUCUCCCCUCUUGGGUCCCCACUUCCUCCUCCUUCCUUUGGCAAAGAGGCCUUCACCCCUGGGAGCCCUGUGCAGAAGGGCCCCUCUUUCUGGAGCUCCAUCCCAGCCUCCCCCGCCAGCCGCCCCGGCUCCUUCACCUUCCCCAGCGACACCGAUUCUCUGGGGCGUCAAGCACAUCGCCACUCCACCCACAGCAAGGACGCCGACCGCAUGAGCACCUGCUCCUCCGCCAGCGAGCAGUCUGUCCACUCCACGCAGAGCAACGGGAGUGAAAGCAGCAGCAGCAGCAACAUCUCCACCAUGCUAGUGACGCAAGACUACAUGGCGGUGAAGGAGGAUGAGAUUAACGUCUACCAGGGAGAGGUUGUCCAGAUUUUGGCCAGCAAUCAACAAAACAUGUUUCUGGUGUUCCGCGCAGCCAAUGAGCAGAGCCCCGCUGCUGAGGGCUGGAUCCCCGGCUAUGUGCUGGGGCACACAUCCGCAGUCAUCCCCGACAUCCCCGAAGGAACCAUUAAGAAGUCAUCCUCUUGGCACACAGCUCUCCGCAUCAGAAAGAAGUCUGAAAAGAAAGACAAGGAGGGAAAGCUGGAAAACGGCUAUCGGAAGUCCAGAGAAGGUCUAGCUAACAAGGUUUCUGUAAAGCUUCUAAACCCCAACUAUAUCUAUGACGUUCCUCCAGAGUUCUUAUUGCCCCUGAGUGAUGUGACCUGUGAGAAUGGGGAGAGUGUCACCCUUAGGUGCAAAGUCUGUGGUCGCCCCAAAGCAACUGUGACCUGGAAAGGACCAGACCAAAAUACUCUGAGUAGCAAUGGCCAUGUCAGCAUUGCCUACAGCGACUCUGGAGAGGCUACUCUCAGGAUCGUGGGCGUCUCUGCAGAAGACGAUGGCACCUACACCUGCGUGGCCACGAACGACGUGGGCUCUGUCUCGUCCUCUGCCAGCCUCCGAGUACUGGGUCCUUCCCAUGAUGGUAUCAGGGUAGUCUGGAAAGACAACUUUGAAUCCUUUUACGCUGAGGUUGCAGAAUUAGGAAGGGGCAGGUUCUCUGUAGUGAAGAAGUGCGAUCAGAGAGGGACUAAGCGAGCUGUGGCUGCCAAGUUUGUCAGUAAGAAGCUGAUGAAGCGGGAUCAGGUGACCCAUGAACUCAGCAUCUUACAGCACCUGCAGCAUCCUCAUCUCGCCGCUCUCCUGGACACCUUCGAGACGUCAGCCAGCUUCGUGCUCGUCCUGGAGAUGGCAGACCAGGGCCGUCUCUUGGACUAUAUUGUAAGUUGGGGUAAUCUAACUGAAGAGAAGGUGACCGCGUAUCUUCGGGAGAUAUUAGAAGCUUUACAUUACCUGCAUAAUUGCAGAAUAGCUCAUUUGGACUUAAAGCCUGAAAACGUGUUGGUAGACCAGACUUCAGCCCAGCCGACUGUCAAACUUGCUGACUUCGGAGAUGCAGUCCAGCUGAACAGCACCUACUACAUCCACCCCUUGCUGGGGAGCCCAGAGUUUGCUGCCCCAGAGCUGAUCCUGGGCAACCCUGUGUCACUGUCAUCGGACACCUGGAGCGUGGGGGUGCUGACCUAUGUCAUCCUGAGCGGGGCCUCGCCUUUCUUGGAUGAAAGCGUGGAGGAGACCUGUCUGAACAUCUGCCGGUUGGACUUCAGCUUCCCUGAUGACUACUUCCAAGGAGUCAGCCAGGCUGCCAAAGAUUUCAUGUGCUUCUUACUGCAGGGGGACCCCGCGAAGCGGCCCCCGGCGGGGGUCUGCCUCCAGGAGUCCUGGCUGCAGCCGGGUGGCCGUCACAAUGCCGAGUGCAUCGACACGUCCCGACUCAUUUCCUUCAUCGACCGGCGCAAACACCAGAAUGAUGUUCGACCCAUUGGUAGUAUUAGAAACUUCUUACAAAGCAGACUUAUGCCCAGGGUGUGACCUUGGUGAAGAAACAUGGCAAAAAAAUAACCUUUAUUCUCUCAUUCUCUUUCACCUGCCUAUCGAAAUUUGAGGAUCUCUGUGGUCUUCGGCCAGUCUUUGCUGCAGACUGGUUAGCGUUACAAUGAAAUUAAGAAAAUAAAUGCUAAAAUGAACAGGUUAAAGCCACAUUCAUGGCCCUAUCCUCAUGAGGACAUGCCAAGAAAGCCUGCGCAAAAGCAGAACUUUUGGAAAAGCAAUGCAAUCUAAACUAGCGUGGAAGACAAGAGAAACUUCUGCCUGAGCCAGACAGAGCAAACCUUUGUUUGACAGUAUUCAAUUCAGGUUGCUCAGAUUGAAAAGAAGAAAAAGAUCAUUUUAAAGUCCCUUUUUUUAAAAUCAAUGUAUAGGAAAGAAAAUCAAAACGGAGGACAAAUCUUUAUCCUAAAAUUUUCAAGAACAUAUUUAAAACAAAACAAAAUGGCAACACUCACCUCUAAAUCAUUGCUCUACUACUUAGGACAAACUAGAGACCAAAAUCUUGAGUUAAACAUUAAGAUGCAAUGACUGCUUCGCUAAAACAUCGAAUCAGUCAUCAGAGCUUUUUGAUUGCCUCGCUUUGUAUUUAUUCUAAGGAACCAUGCAAAUCAUGCCACAAACAACAAGACAGAUUUUAACUGCUGCAAGUUCAACCUCAAUCAAGUUUUUGCUUUUCAUAGAACAGAUUGUGUUGCUCCGAUUUAAAAUAUAUAAGCCUUACUUUGUAUAUAGAUUGUACCUGCCUUCAGUUUUCAUUUCAAAAAGGUGGCUUGCCAUAGAAGCCCUCUUUAGGUGGGAAGAACUCAGCCUGCCAACUGGAGACAUGUCAAGGGGCAAAGGGAUUUUCUGUGGCACAGCAGAACGCCAGUCGGAUUCCAGAGCAGUAAAGUAAAAUGAAAUACUGUAAAUGCACUCAUUGUAUUUUGUUUUAAUUCAUAUCAUGUGCAAUGUUGCGGCUUUAACAUUUUAUGCAACUCUAUUUAUGAAGACCUCUGUUGUACCUGUAAUAAAUAUAUAGAAAAGCACGUACUUGGUACUGCAAGUUAUACUGUUAUUUGUGUUUCUUCACGUUGUUUCCUUAGUUCAGUAUUAAGUUCUGAUUCCCCAAGGUCCUUUUCAUUAUGCAGACCGUGGGAAUGUUAUGGCACUUAUGCGUUGACUUAUUUUAAAAAAAAAAAAAACAUUUUUGUUAUAGUUAAACCAAAGGUCUCCUUGCUUUACAGUAAGUAUUGCUUUAUUUGUGACAUUUUACUAAUUUAAGUUAUGGAUACCAUUAUGAGCGUUAAAAGAGGGUGUUUACAGAUUGUUUAUUUAUUCUUAUGUAAAUUAGGUGAGUAUUACACCUGGUUUAAUUUUGGUCACCUUUCAUUUCAUCCGCUGUAUGUAACUGAGUAUCCUGAUUUAAUUCUUGGCAAGUGUAAUCUACUCCAUUUAGGUUCUCUUAGGGUGGUCAGGAGUGAAAGAAUAAUAUGCUUUUGAAGUAGUCGUGUUAAAGGGGAAAGGAACCCUUUUAGUUGAAGUUGCAUUAUUUAUACAAAAACAUCUAUAAUUAAAAUUUUAUUUGAUUUGGAGAGGUCAGUCUUUUCAUAGAUGUUUCUCAUAUAAAGACCUUGGUAUUUAAAUUCUUCAGAAAUGUUUCAUCUGGUUGGAAAAGAACUACAUGCACCAUUAGAAAUUUUAAUGUGCAUCGUAGAUUUUAGCUGCUAUGGUAAAAGUGAACAACAUAAAUGUAUCUGAAACCCUUUGCAUUGUGUUUCAAGAAUUUAAUAAGUGCCAGUUUGGACAAGUCAAGAUCUGAAAAGUAGUUUUUUUUCUCCAAGAUCUGCAAAGUACGUAACCUAGAUUUAUUUUUUUUUCCUCUAGUGAUAGAAUACAGUGGAUUCAUCUGUACAGUUCCAUAUCAUGUAUUCUUAUUUAUUCAUUAUUGUAAAGCUGUACAGAAACCGAUUAAAUACGGGAAUUUGGACUGGAUGCUCUUGUUUCAGCCUCAUCGUAUUUUACAUAUAUACUUUAGUGUAUUUGUUUGAUCAUUUUUAAGAUUUUUUAUUAUUUUUACUUUUUGCAUGUAUAUUACUUUGUACAGGAACCAUACAUGUUUACACUAUGUGCUGUAAAUAUUUUAUUUUGCCAUCAAUUAUUUUGAAAUUAAACACAUGCAACAUU